GCUUCAAAAUUUAGCGGCUAAAAUAUAAUAAAAAGUUUGAUAUUGUCAAUUUUAAUAAAGUUCGCUGACCAAUAUGUCAACAGCUCAAGCAACCAAGAACUGCAUCACGCUGAAGGGUUCAGCCCAAAUAAUUGUCGAGUACUUAAAAUACGGCAUCAAUUCGAUAUUAUUCCAACGUGGUAUUUACCCAGCCGAGAACUUCGAUAGCACGCAACAAUAUGGUUUGACCAUACUAAUGUCCAAGGAUCCAAAGAUCACAACAUUUUUGCAGAAUGUUCUGAAGCAAACUGAAGAAUGGCUUUCAAAGAACAUGAUUAACAAAAUUUCGAUGGUCAUUACGAAUGCGCAUACUAAGGAAGUUCUCGAAUGUUGGGACUUUAAGAUGCAAGCGGAAGUUGGAGAUGGCGAUAGCGAUGGCAAGGAUCCCAGCAAGCAGACUUCGUCCAAACAGCUGAGCCGCAUACAAAACGAGAUUAGAGAUGUGAUGCGGCAGAUAUCAGCAACUGUUAGCUAUCUUCCUUUGCUCGAUUGCAUUUGCACCUUCGAUGUGAUGAUCCAUACCCUACAGAACACUGAGAUACCUGCACAGUGGGACGAGACUGGCGCCGUAUUUAUACAAAACGCACAGGCGGUGCAGUUGCGCUCGUUCUCCACGGGCUUGCACAAGGUUGACACGGUGGUCAAUUAUAAAAUGAGCUCCUAGUGAUAUAUAAACUUUUAAUAUUUAUUUUGUUUCUAUUUACAUAAGUUAAGUCACACAUUUGCGAAUUAUAUUAAA